CUCCGAGUCCCCGGAGUUUAAAGAGGUAAACUUGAGAUGGUUCAUGGCUCCUUCAACUCUUAACUAACACAAACGCGAUUCCGUCUUUGAUUCACAAAUUAGUUCUCAGUAUACUCGUAUCUGAAGUAACACAUCAAAUGGUCAAACAAGGUUCCCAGUGCUUUGGUGAACUGCUCCCCUCAAUGUGAAGCUCCGCAGUGAAGGAUGAACAAGCUGUCUGUGGGAGAUAAAGCUGCUUCAAGCAGAGUGAAUAGCUGGGUGGAUCCAUGUUUCACUGAUUUGCAAGGGGAAAGCUUUUCUCUGCCUGGAAGGAGAAAGGGGAGCCAGUUCUCGUGCUCUAAAGCUGAGCCCAAGAGAGCAAGGAAGAGGAAAGGAGAGCCCGGCUCAGACCUUCAUACGGCCUACCUGCUGAAAGAGUCAGCCCAGGGGGACCAAAAUGAGCCCUGGGUGGACAGACACUCGCCCCGUUCACAGGCUGAGCUAGCUGUCCACAAGAAGAAGAUCGAGGAGGUGGAGAACUGGAUGAGAGUUCACACAAACUCAUCAAAGGGUGGCAUCCUACUGCUGACGGGACCAUCAGGCUGUGGGAAGACUGCUACAGUACAGGUUUUAUCUCAGGAGCUCGGCCUCAGGAUUCAGGAAUGGAUCAACCCCACCAACCUGGAGCUAUACAGCAACAGUCAGCAUGAAUGGAUGAUAAAUGGUUCAUCCUGCAGCUCCCAGUUAGGCCAGUUCCAGGAGUUCCUCCUCAGAGCCAAUAAGUACAACUGCCUGAGGAUGGCAGGUGAUGGAGGAGCUAUAGACAGGAAGCUCAUACUGGUGGAGGAUUUGCCAAACCAGUUCUACAGGCAGCCUGGCAGCCUGCACGAUAACCUGAGGCGCUUCGUGAAGACCAGUCGAUGUCCCCUAGUGUUCAUAGUGUCAGACAGUCUAAGUGGAGACAGCAGCACACGCAUUCUUUUUCCUAGAGAGAUCC